AUGAAGGUCGAGACUAGUGCUGCUUUGUUGGCUCUUUUGGGCGUGGCCGCCGCCCGUCCCGAUGCCGUGAAAUUGUUCAGGAAGACCCGCCCCGCUGUUGGCGCAUCCGCCAAGUUCAGGCGCGAGGUUCCUCAGGAGCACUCACACAACAAGUUUCUCACCGGUGUUGGUGAGGCCUUGAACCUAAACAACGUUGACCAAGUUCAAGACCCUGUCUUCGCUCUACUCGGCAAUGCCGCUGCUGCUCAAGGUGCAGGCCUUGUUCAGGACUUGGACUGCUUGCAACAACGAGUUGCCGACCAGGCUUUCACCAAUGCUAAGGCAGCAAAUGAUGUCGAUGGCAUGGCCAAUGCUCUGAUUUUCCGUGCCCUCGAGAGGAACACCGGUUCAGUCGGCCUAGCUUCCGCUCUUUGCGAGUCGGAAACCGCUAAGAACCCCGAAAUUGCUGCUCUCCAGCAGCACCAGGACCCUGCUUCCGAUGGCGCUGCUGCGCUGAACAAGCAGAUCACUCUUGACCUAGCUGUUCAGCUUGCGUCGGUUGGCGCCGAUCCUCAACUCGCCCUCCAGUCGGGUACCUUCGCCCCUGGUGAAAUCGGUGAUCAGACCGGUGCCGGUAACACUUGCGACACCGAAGAUGACGCCGAGGGUUGCAUCUUCUCUCAGAAUCUCCUCGUCGAAGACGCCACUGCGGAUGAAAUUGAUGCUGCUGUCGCUUCGGCGGGCGGUAAUGCCAAUGCUGGAAAUGCCAACAAUGCUGACGACUCAGCUGAUGAUGCAUGCGAAGAUGAUGGUGCCGCCGAUAACAACAACAACGCAGGCGCCGCCAACAACGGCACAGCCAGCAACUCCAACAACAAUGCCAACGCCGGAAACGCUAACGGAGGUGCUACCUCCACCGCUGGCGUCAACGUAAACGCUUUCACCGGCAGCGUCGGUUCCGCCCCUGUACCCGUAGUUAGCUCGACGGCCGAUAAGCCCUUCUCCGUCAACGGUGCUCAAUUUCUAAACCAAGGAGCUGCCAUCCAGAGGGCCUGCGAUGUCCAGAAGAACGCUUGCGCUAACGCUGCCAAUAGCGGUGCAGAUGCGUCUAUCUCAGUCUCAGACUGUGAUGCGCAACAACAACAAUGCGUAGCCCAGAACGCGAAGAAGCGCCGUGCUGCUGCCGACACCGGUGACUGCGGAUCGCCUGCUAUCUCAUUCGGUCAACAACAGGACCGUGGCGAUGAGGAUGCGUUUGCGCCUGUUAACACUGCGGACUUUAACCACGGUUCUGCGCUCAAGCCUGCUGUUAUCACGGAUUUCAUUUGCAGUCAAUUGGCUAGCAAGUGCGGUGCCGCGGAUGCGACGGUCUCUCAGUGCGAGGAGGGUGCGCAGGCGGCGAAUUCGCUGCAGGGACAGGCUGCGGCUGAUGCUUUCAAUGCUGCUCUUGGUGUAUGA